UGAUCCAAAUUUGGAGAGCAAGAAACCCCUAUAAAACUGCCACUAGUGGGCAGCCUCAUGUGCAGACCUGGGCCAGCCGUGGAGAGGGAGCCUCAUCACCACCAUGAACUUCUCCGGCAAGUACCAACUGCAGACCCAGGAGAACUUCGAGCCCUUCAUGAAGGCGAUGGAUGGUUUCCACCAGGGGUGCCUGAGGACCUCAUCCAGAAGUGGAAGGACGUCAAGGGGGUGACAGAAAUUGUGCAAAAUGGAAAACACUUCAAGAUCACUGUGAGCACUGGGAACAAAGUAACUAAAAAUGAGUUCACCUUGGGGCAAGAAAGUGACAUGGAAACCAUGAGUGGAGAGAAGGUCAAGGCGGUGGUUAACUUGGAAGAUGGCAACAAGCUUGUGACAGUUUUCAAAAACGUCAAGUUUGUGACUGAAGUCAAGGGAGACACACUGACCAGUACCAUGACACUGGGUGACAUUGUAUUCAAGAGAUUCAGCAAGAGAAUUUAAACAAGUUUGCAUUUUCUAUACUUUUACUGUGUAAAAUUAAUGUAAUAAAGUGAACUCUGUUUUAAGAAAACA